CUCAGAACCGGUGUUAUGAUCGAUUACGAGCCAAUCAAUUCCACUGACGCUGGAUCACACGCGAUUUUCGGUACCGGGGUUGAUAAAGUUUUUCUUCAGACGCAGACGUGAUCGUUUACGCCACGAUGGAAUAUGGAAUUUGGGGUCUUCAUGCCGCGAGCAGACUUUGGGGCGACCCGCGACUCGCUCGGCAUCCGAUUCUACCAGCAACUCCACAGAUUCUCUCGAGGGCAGUUCUUACUCUGAGUGCACUUCAACAGCAGCAGCAACUUAAUGCAGCGAUGGCUAGUGAAGCUGAAGGCUGUCAAGCAAUUGAACUCACUGCGAAACCUAGUAGCGAUGGAACGAGAAGUGAAACUAGCACGCCGUUUGAUAGGAAGAAAUCUGAAGACAACGAAAGCAACAUCGAAAAGGAUGAUGAUGACUAUGAGACAAUUGGAACCAAUGACAACGAAGAUCCCGGUGAAGAGAGCGAUACUGGAAGUACAAAUAGCUCUCAUCCUUCAGGGAAUAAUAAUUUACCAAGUAAUUUUUUGGAUCCUAUGUCCUGCUUUGGAUUUGAUAAGGAUGAAACCGUUACUCCAAUGUUGAACAGUUGGGUUUUGGGAGCUUAUACGGCAAUGUUAGGAAGAUUGUCAGCGGCAACGGCGGCUUUGGAAGCUAUUGAAGUACCUUCAAUGCCUUCAGGGAGUGAGUCUGAGAGUGAUGAAUCAUCGUCUACUGAAAAAUCUCGAGACACCAGUCCGGUUGCUGGAGGAUACAGAGGCUAUCCCUGUGGAUCAUGCGAUGUAGUAGCACCAACGCGACCAGCUCUAAAAAAGCACUUGCUGGACUGUCAUCCCGCAUCUUCAUCAGGCUCGGAGGCGAGCAGCACGAGAACCUGUCCGUCAGCAGGCUGUGACUUUACAAGCCAGUCUAGGUGUGAAAUGGAGACUCAUGUUGCAGGUCACGUCGCCCAGGGGAUGACGCCGACGGGAAAAAAAAGGUCUUUAGCUCUUCAGCGCGUCAGGUAUAGGUACGAGAGAGAAGAGUACCGAUGCUCAUUAUGUUCAUACGCCUGCACGAUUGAGAAAGCUUUUCAGCGACACUUGCGUGCUCAUGCGAAAGGUUCUGCAUCAGAAACCAGGGUCAGUUGUGCUGUUUGUGGGGCUGACAGGUCUUCCGAGGUUGAUUUGAGUCGACAUAUGAAGAGGCAUCGCGAUGACAGAUAUUUUUGUUGCGAUAUCUGUGUUUUCCGUACUGUCCAAUUAAAAAAAUUGAUACAACACCGAAGAAUGCAUACAGGGGAAAAACCCCAUUUAUGUCCUCACUGCGCGUAUCGAAGUGCUCGUCGUGAUAAUUUACGAAGCCAUGUACGCAGAGUUCAUAAGAAAGAAAAUCUGUACUGUGACACGUUCAGCCCCCGUGGGAUGUUGAUAAAUCCAAGCUUGACACCUACUGAGGUAACUGAUCUCGAUGUGACAAACGUCCAAACUCCGGCCUCACCUGCACCGUCCAAUUCUGAAGUGACGAACUAACGAAAGCAUCGCUCGAUCACGAGUUAAUAGCUCGUACGAGCAAUCACUGUUUAUUAAUUUACUGAUUUUUUUAUUUAUUCGUUUAAUUAUAUGAUAUAGUUGAACGACUUAAAUAUAAAGGUACUGAAACGUCCUAAAUACGUCAAUAAAGUCCAGGUUUUAAAUAAGCUUGACGGAUCGAUAAGUUAAUGUCUACGGUAAAUUUAUUAAUAAUGAAUAAUUGAUAAUGGAUAAUGGAUAAGGAUAUUAUUAUUAUAAUUAUUAUUUAUUAUUUGAUUAAACAUUAUUGUACGUAAAGUAAGCUCAUCAACGUCUGUUUGAAAGUUUCGAAAGGUACUGUGGAGUUAUAUAAAUUCUCCAUAUAGUUAGUUAAUUCAAAAUUAUAUAUUAUUAUAAAAAUUAUUGCAUGUCUUUUUCAUAUAAUAUCGACUUGCUCGUUUUUAAAAUUUUUUUAUCGUUUUAUUAGAUUUUAGUUGGAGUUUUCAUCAAAAGAAUUGAAGAAAACAGAAUAUAAGGAAUUUUAACUCAUAAUGGAAAAAUUACAGUUUAUAAUUUUGAGUUUUAUUUUGAAAAAAAAAUUUUUUUUUUAAAUUGAUUAAAAAUUUUCGAUUUAAUUCUUUUGAUGAAAAAACAAAAAUUGUAAUUAAAAAAAAAAACUAAAAGUUAGUUAAUAUUAUACGGUGCUAGUAUGUCUCAUUAGACUGGCGAUUAGAGAAAGACUGAAAGAGUCCAAGGCCUGAAUAAAAUAUUUAAUUGGCCAACGUGAUAGAAAAUUACCACAUGGCAACUAAGACUGUUCUGUUGUGCCAGUCAGAAUCCUCGGCUAUUUAAUUGCGUAAGAAUAAGACUAAAUUAUUAAAUUAAUAAUUUAAUAAUUAUUUAAACUCUUAUUUAAUUAUUAAGCAGUAUGAAAAUUUGUGAUUGGCAAUUUAAAGACUGAUUAAUGACCAGAGGAUUCUGUCUCAAGGGAUCGGUGCUACACUUAAUUAUUUUAUGCGUUUAUUUAGAUAUUUAUUGAAAAAAAGCACUUGAAAUGAUAAAAUAGCGCUCGUUUAUUGCCUAUUUUAACCAUAAAUAAUCUGUAAUAUAUUUAUACUUUUUUUGCUUUUUUGAUAUACAUUAUAUUUAAAUUGAUACUUUAUAUUUAUAAAUAAAUUAUAAAAUAAUUAAUUAAUAUGUGAUGGCGAUGAUUAACACGCAUACAAACAAGUGGCGUGGUAAUUUAUCGAGUUUAGUCAACAAUUUUUAUACAAUCAUUUACAAUGCGUAAUAACAAAAAUAUAAUAAUACAUUUUUGUCCGCAUUAUAUAUAAAUAUUAUAAU